AUGGCGGUGCAGGCGGCCCUCCUUAGCACGCACCCCUUCGUCCCCUUCGGCUUCGGGGGCUCCCCGGACGGGCUGGGGGGCGCCUUCGGAGCCCUGGACAAGGGCUGCUGUUUCGAGGAUGAUGAGACCGGGACGCCAGCGGGCGAGCUGCUGGCGGGCAACGAGGGCGGGGACAUGCGCGAGGCCACCCGCGACCUGCUCAGCUUCAUCGACUCGGCGUCCAGCAACAUCAAGCUGGCACUGGACAAGCCAGGCAAGUCGAAGCGGAAGGUGAACCACCGCAAGUACCUGCAGAAGCAGAUCAAGCGCUGCAGCGGCCUGAUGGGCGCCGCGCCCCCCGGCCCGCCCUCUCCGGGCGCCGCCGACACGCCCGCCAAACGGCCGCUCGCCGCCCCCAGUGCCCAGGCCGUCGCGGUCCCGCCCCACGGCAAGGCUGUCCCCCGGCGGGAGGCAUCGCAGGCCGCGGCGGCCGCCAGCCUACAGAGCCGGAGCCUGGCCGCGCUCUUCGACUCGCUGCGCCACGUCCCUGGGGACACCGAGCGGGCCGGGGGUUCGCUGGCUGCGCCCGCCGCCGGGCUCGGCGGAGCGGGCGCCGGGGGCUCGGGAGGGGAGGCGGCCGGCACCGCGGGAGGUACGGCGGUCCCCGGCGCCAGGAAGGUCCCGCUGCGGGCCCGCAACCUGCCCCCGUCCUUCUUCACCGAGCCGUCCCGGGCGGGCGGCGGCGGCUGCGGCCCGUCGGGGCCCGGCGUGAGCCUGGGCGACUUGGAGAAGGGCGCCGAGGCCCUGGAGUUCUUCGAGCUGCUGGGGCCCGACUACGGCGCCGGCACCGAGGCGAGCGUCUUGCUCGCCGCAGAGCCUCUCGAUGUGUUCCCUACGGGAGCCGCCGUCCUGCGGGGCCCCCCGGAGUUGGAGCCCGGUCUUUUUGAGCCGCCACCUGCGAUGGUGGGGAGCCUACUGUACUCCGAGUCCUGGAGCGCCCCGGGCUGCCCCCAAACCAAGAAGCCGCCCCUGGCUGCCCCCCGCGGCGGCUUGACCUUGAACGAGCCCUUGCGCCCCCUGUACCCCUCCGCCGCGGACUCUCCGGGAGCGGAGGACGGGCCCGGCCUUUUGGCGUCUUUCGCCCCCUUCUUCUCAGACUGUGCCCUGCCCGCGCCACCGCCGCCGCACCAGGUGUCCUACGAUUAUAGCGCCGGCUACAGCCGCACGGCUUACUCCAGCCUCUGGAGACCGGACGGGGUUUGGGAAGGGGCGCCCGGGGAGGAGGGGGCGCACCGGGACUGA